AUGAGUGACGGCCCGAUUGCACCUCCCAAGCCCUCCGUGGUCCUCGAGGCCCACGAGGUCGACACCUUCCACGUUCCGAAGGCUUUCUACGACAAGCACCCCUCUGGACCCCAUCUCAAAGAUCUCGAUGAAUACAAGAAGCUCUAUGAGGAGUCAAUUCGCAGCCCCGACACUUUCUGGGCUCGCAAGGCCCGAGAACUCCUCACUUUCGACAGAGACUUCCAGACCACCCGCCUCGGCUCAUUGGAGAACGGCGACGUUGCUUGGUUCCCCGAAGGUCGACUAAACGCUUCCUUCAACUGCGUUGAUCGCCAUGCCAUCAAGAACCCUAACAAGGUCGCCAUCAUUUACGAAGCCGACGAGCCCAAUGAGGGCCGAACCAUCACAUACGGCGAGCUCCUUCGCGAGGUGUCUCGAGUUGCCUGGGUCCUGAAACAACGCGGCGUCAAGAAGGGCGACACAGUGGCCAUCUACCUUCCUAUGAUUCCCGAAGCCAUUGUCGCCUUCCUUGCCUGCUCCCGUAUCGGUGCUGUUCACUCUGUUGUCUUCGCCGGUUUCUCCUCAGACUCCCUCCGCGACCGUGUCCUCGAUGCCGGUUCCAAGGUUGUCAUCACAUCCGACGAGGGAAAGCGUGGUGGUAAAGUCAUUGGAACUAAGAAGAUUGUCGAUGAGGGUCUCAAGCAGUGCCCCGAUGUGUCGACUGUCCUUGUAUUCAAGCGCACAGGCGCCGAGGUGCCCUGGACCGAGGGCCGUGACAUCUGGUGGCACGAUGAGGUUGAGAAGUACCCUGCCUACCUUGCUCCCGAACCCGUCAGCUCCGAAGACCCUCUAUUCCUCCUCUACACCUCCGGCUCCACUGGAAAGCCCAAGGGUGUUAUGCACACCACCGCCGGUUACCUGCUGGGUGCUGCCAUGACGGGUAAAUACGUCUUUGAUAUUCACGACGAUGACCGCUAUUUCUGUGGUGGUGACGUUGGCUGGAUCACUGGUCACACUUACGUGGUGUACGCUCCUCUUUUGUUGGGAUGCUCGACGGUCGUCUUCGAGAGUACCCCGGCUUACCCUGACUUCUCCCGUUACUGGGACGUUAUUGAGAAGCACAAGGUGACCCAGUUCUAUGUGGCCCCCACAGCCCUGCGUCUGUUGAAGAGGGCCGGCGAUGAGCACAUCCACCACCAGAUGGCACACCUUCGUGUCCUGGGAUCCGUCGGCGAGCCCAUCGCUGCUGAGGUCUGGAAGUGGUACUUUGAGAAGGUCGGAAAGGAGGAGGCGCACAUUUGCGAUACUUACUGGCAAACCGAGACUGGUUCCAACGUCAUCACUCCCCUGGCUGGUGUUACCCCCACAAAGCCUGGCAGUGCUUCUCUGCCGUUCUUUGGUAUUGAGCCUGCUAUCAUCGACCCAGUCUCUGGCGAGGAAAUAUCCGGCAACGAUGUUGAGGGUGUGCUUGCCUUCAAGCAGCCCUGGCCUAGCAUGGCCCGCACUGUGUGGGGCGCUCACAAGCGCUACAUGGACACUUAUUUGAACGUCUACAAGGGCUACUACUUUACCGGAGAUGGCGCUGGUCGUGACCACGAGGGAUACUACUGGAUCCGCGGCCGUGUUGACGAUGUUGUCAACGUUUCCGGCCACCGUCUGUCAACUGCAGAAAUCGAGGCUGCGCUCCUUGAGCACCACAUGGUUGCCGAAGCCGCCGUUGUUGGUAUUGCUGACGAACUGACCGGCCAGGCCGUCAACGCCUUUGUUUCGCUCAAGGAUGGCAACGAGACGAACGACCAAGUCCGGAAAGACCUCAUUCUUCAAGUCCGCAAGUCAAUUGGACCCUUCGCUGCUCCCAAGGCUGUCUUCGUUGUCGACGACCUGCCCAAGACCCGUAGCGGUAAGAUCAUGCGCCGCAUUCUGCGAAAGAUCUUGAGUGGUGAGGAGGAUAGCCUGGGUGACAUCUCAACGCUGUCCGAUCCUUCCGUGGUUGAGCGGAUCAUCGCCACUGUGCACGCUUCCCGUGGAAAAUAA